AUGGAUUUGUCUCUACUACGACAUUCGGUUGUCACACAACUGAAGAGUCGUUCUUUCUUGCACAUCAGCGCCACGUGAGUUAUAUUUGAGUUUUUGUGAGAAUACAGCUUUAUGCAGCUUAGAUUUUGUAAGUUCUUUUACGUCUUUCGACGAUGUUAUUAUUGUUUUUGUGUUUAGGAGACGGAAAACUCAUUAUGAUGUUCUUGGAGUUGGAAAGAAUGCGACACUUCAUGAGAUCAAGGUGGCAUACUUUGAGAAGUCAAAGCAGCUUCAUCCGGAUCGAAAUGAUGGUGAUACGAAGGAUUUUAUGGAGUUGAAGGUAGCGUACGAUGUUCUGAGACGUCCAGCUGAUCGAAAACUUUAUGAUUUCAAUCUUGCCCAGCCGAAAUCCCACCGUUCUUAUGGUUCAGAUCGGGCUAGGGCCGAUUAUGCGAAGUAAGAUGCUUUAUCUGGAGUUUAAUUGCUAUGUUAUGAUAGAUUAGCUUUCUGGUUGUGUUAUAAGUUGAGUUAUGCUUCUAUUAUUAACUAGUUUUUUAUAAAUAUUUCGGUUUUAGUUUAUAAUUUGAAAGUUUAAUGUAAAAUAAGUUUUUUUGGGUAAUAAUCAGAUUGAAAGUUAUACUUUUAGCGUUGACUGGCAACAAUACUGGAAACAACGUUAUGGUGGAGAUGAUAUGCAGUUCAGAACCAUGAGGGAACGACAUGAAGAAAGAAAGCGAAGCUGGAAGAACUUGAUGCGAAUUACAGCCGCAGCUUGUGGGUUUAUUGUGGCUUACAAUAUGUUUCUAUGGUAAGCCUUAUUAUGCUAUUAUUGUUCGUUCAUAUAUAUAUGCCAAAAUAUCUUUACCUAAUUGUUUUGAAGCAUAACAACAUAAUAUUAUUAUUGCCCUUCGAAGUAUACAUGUACUAUCUGUUUUUCAAGUUCAGAAGGUCUUAUUCUUUUAAAUUUAGGUACUUGAUAGUCAAAGAAGAGAAAAGAAUAAGCAAGUUGAUAGCCAAAGACGAAAUUGCACGUACGUAUCUUCGUCAACGUGAUAUGCGAGGUCAAAAGGACGACAAUUUGGCCGUAAGUUCUUUUUGAUUAUAAUUUAAUUUUUUAAACUGAAAAAUUUUGAAGUUACUUAAAAUCAAUGUGAACAUACUCUCAAAUUUGAAGCAAUUUCCUUAAUAUUACUCUUGCGGAUGAUUUUUUAACCUAUCUUUUCGUUUGGGGAGUUUUAAGCGCUUUUUUCAAUGAAGCGUCAAUAGCGCAGUGGCUAAGAGACCGAUUGUGUAGUUGGAAGGUCACGGGUUCGAUUCGCAACGAACGCAACGGUUUAUUUGACUGUUUACUGAACUUUUGGUUACCGUAAACAUCUAAACCGUUGCAAUAUUGUAGUGAAGAAAGUGUUUCCCAAUAUAUUGUAUACUUAUUGGGGGUCAAAUGCUUCCCACAUUUUUGAAAAAUCUUGUUUUAUUGUUUUAAAAAUGAAUAUUGUACUGUUUCAUUAAAAAUUUUGAGUUUUUUGAUACUUUAAAGGUUUAUAUUGAUGUGUUUAUGUUAAUGUAUAAAGCUAUUUUCAGCUAGACUACUUCUCUCGAAUCCUUCAUGGUGACAUUGAGGAAAAGAUGAGAGCUCGAGAUGAGGAACGUCGUGCUACUGGUGAGCAUAAUCCUCUGGAGAUACGUGAAGAAUGGCGAUGGUUGGAAGCUGUGAAGGAACCAUCAGCUGCCAGUUACAAAAAACGGGGCGAAUAG